AUGUGCCUUGGCAGCGAGCGUCCUUUGCGUGCCUUCGACAGUGACCACCACCACGACGACUCGGAAGAGCAUGCUCCUACCACCUGAACUGACAGAUCAAAUCAUCCAACUGCUGGACAGUCCGUCCGAUCUGCUCACCUGCAGCCUCGUCUGCCGCACUUGGGUUCCCGCCAGCCGUGGCUCACAUCCCACUCUCGGCACUCUCGCGCUCAAAGGAGACGACUUUCCCGGAUACAUCGCCCUCGUCGGCAGCCCGCAUCAAACUCUGACUGGGGCGGUGCGGUCUCUGCACCUGUCGUCGUGCAACGCCCCGGAGAUCGAAACCCUCGUGCGGGCAGCGCGGUUUCCGAAUGUGCGACACGUCGGGCUCAGAGCGUGCCAAGGCCCGACGGAUGGGUGGUCCUGGGACCUCGCGCCAUUCGAGAUGGCCACGAGUCUCGACCUGAACGCGCUAGAGUUCAUGACCAUCCGCUCGUAUCUAGAGCUAUUGAAGCUGUUCCCGGCGCUGGCGACGCUGCAUCUCAAAUCGAUCCUCCUUAUCGAGCUGCUGAAGCACAACGGGGAAGAGGAUAUCGUUCCGCCGUUCCGUCUUGAGCUGGAUGAGCUGGUCCUAGACUUUCUGCCGAACAUCCACUGGGCGCGGUGGCUGGCAGCACCGGGCACGACGGUGAAUACUCGGGCAGUGACCGUUCGGACGGCCGACUAUAAUAAAUCAGGGGGAUAUGUUCAUCUCAUGCAGUAUCUAUCCAAACUCGAUGGCCAUUUGCAGUUUCUGUCCUUGGUGUCAAAUCUUCCUGCGGCCAUUACGAUCUUCCCCUCCUCCGCGCUCCGAUCUUUGCACAUCGGCGCAACAAUUUUUGUUGGCUAUGCGACGGGAGAAACACUUGCUGACGGGCAGAUCUCCGGGAUCAGGACCGGUCCCCGAGUGAUAUCUAUGCUAGAGAGCAUGGACGAGGCGCCGCUGGAGAUCCUGUGCUUGGGUGUGAAGAUAAUCUUCGAUUAUCCUUCCUUAGAGUCGCGCGUCAGUGGGACGACGACCGUGGCGAAGCUGAUGCAGACGAUCAGGGAAUCCCGUUUCAUCCGACGGCUUCGGCGGCUGGAGAUCCGUGGUGUCUGGCAUUCGGAGUGGAUGAGGGUAGAGUUUGAGCAGCGGCUCCGGCAGGAGAAGAUUGAUCCAGACAUCGAGAGGUUGUUAGUUUUUGUCAGCGACGACAUUGAGUGGCCACAAAGUUGA